AUGUCGUCUCUACCUGCGACCACACAUCUUCGACUCGACACACGAUAUGACGAAUCGGUGCUGGGCUCAGAAGUCGAGAGAGGGGAGAUGUACUGCGCAAAUAGAGACGGAGGAGACGACGAAGCUGAAUCUUUAGGGUCUAUGUCAAACACUGCCCCGUUGGAUGCUGAUGUGUCGCUUGGGCAUUCGAUUCAGCUUCCAAUUGAACUAUGGGAGAAGGUGAUUGACUAUUUGGUGGACGACUGGGAAGAUGUCUUCUGGUAUGACGAUACAUAUGAAGCCAUGGUACGAUCACUAGGAAGGGUAUGUUGGGGGUGGCAUGGCCGAUGUCACUUUCGUGGCCUAGAGAGGCUGGAUGUGAGGAGGAUGGACAAGAAGGAGGUAUUUUGCCUGAUCAAUACACUGAACCACGACCCGGAGCGAUGCUAUGCCAUUAAGACGGUCUCAUUCGAUUUGUGGAGGACGUCAACGGGCAUCCUUGGGACGUUUGCUGUGUGCAUGGCACAGAAACUGUCCCGAGUCAAGCGUCUCAUACUCUUGGAGUGCGAGUGGGAGCCUAGACAGCUGCACGCGCAGGUCUUCGUCCACAUCACUCUCGCAUUCGAGUCGGUCACUGUGCUCGAGCUCAAGUAUGUGCGAUUCCCUUCUGCGGCAGUGUUUGGGCGGCUCGUGCGUGCGCUUCCGCGGCUGUUGUCCCUCCAAUGCUGGCACGUGUCCUUCGACAAGCAUGGCUAUGUUGCAGGCCGAAUCUGGGAACUGCACCCCCUCCGACUAGACGUCGCCGAACUGGUGGAUAGCGAUGACGUCGCUGACUUUCUCAUGUUGAUCGGAGCACAACUACGCCACCUCUCCUGGCGUGCUUGGACCUUUGACGAGUGCUCGGAGCUGCUCUCUGUGACCGCCGAAUCGCUCUCGUCCAUGCACAUCGACCUAGCACAUUUCCCACUUCGGGAACGAUUUCCUCCAGACUUUCCAAUCGAUCUUACAUUAGCUGUCAAUCUACGUGACCUUUCAAUCUCUUCCGACUUUGAAGACUUAGACAGUGCGGCAAAAAUUCUGUCUCCCGCGCUCCUUCCCAAACUGGCCGAGAUUACGAUCAUCUCAACGCUCGGCUAUACCAAGACAUUAUCUUUGUCGAUUAACCAGAACAAGCUGGAUCAAGUUGACAAAGAUCCCUAUGCACUUCUUGACCAGGCUUUCUCUAGUCCUCAGUAUCCCGCCUUAAAGAAGGUCGUCUUCGAGCUUCACUGUGCGCCUCGGCCUAGCGAAGUGAUGGAGGUGAUAUCCGAGGUAUCCUGGGGGAGUCACCUUUCACCAAAUCUUCCUGCUCUGCACACCAGCGGACGACUUGUUGCUCGUUCGUAUCCUAGGCCCUUUGUAUCUGUUAGAGUGGAGGAACUCGCGUAA